CGGUGGGCUCGCUCGCUCGGCCGGAGCCUCGUCCCGGCCCUGAGGCGACAGCGGCAGGCGGCGAGGGAACUUCUUCAGGAUGGGGAGCUACAUUUCUUGCCUUUGCUGGCUUCUUGGGAUCGUCUGAGAUAGUCUGACCUUCAUCCAUGUUAUCUUUUUGACAAGGCAUAUCCAUUCUUUAGGAGAGGUUUUCUCCAUAUAGUACACAUUGAACCUUGAACAGUUAAGCAGCACGCCAGAAAUAUGGAGGAGGAGGACCUAAGUGAAAGAGGAUUGCCACAAAUUGCUUCAAUCAUGAAUAGAGUUAGAGACUUGAAAAACAAAUACAGAAAUGAAGACAAUAACACAGAUGAGCUUAACUGUACUAAAAUCUCGGCUGAUACAACAGAUAACUCUGGAACUGUUAAUCAAAUAAUGAUGACAACAAAUAAUCCAGAAGAUUGGCUGUGUUUUUUGCUUAAGCUAGAGAAAAAGGGUAUUCCUCAGAUGGAUGUUAGCCUGCUGAAUAGACUCAUUGGUCGUUACAGUCAAGCAGUGACUGCAUUACCUGCAGAAAAGCAUAGUCAAGAUGAGAGCUAUGCUCGCAUCCUUGUGAGAUUUGCUGAGUUGAAAGCUCUUCAAGAUCCAGAGGAGGCACGGGACCAAUUUCAUCUGGCCAGACUGAACUGCAAGAAAUUUGCUUUUGUGCAUGUGGCUUUUGCACAGUUUGAGCUAUCACAAGGAAAUGUGAAGAAGUGUAAGCAGCUCCUUCAGAAAGCUGUGGAGUGCUCUGCUGUUCCACUAGAAAUGUUGGAAACUGCUCUACAAAACUUUCAUUCACAAAAAAAGCAGUUGCUUUCAGAUGAGAAGGAGAACUUAGCAGUAUCAAGUACACAAGAGUCUGGACUUCAGAGCAUAGCUGGAAAUCACAGAAGCGUAAAAAGGAAUGAUUCUGGUGAAAAUUCUUCUACUGUUACCAGACUUUUGCUUGGGGAGGAGAAGUCACAUGAACUUGAUUCUCUAGUUAAUUACCACAAUCCCUUAAGACCACUAAACAAAUCUAACCAGGCUUGCCCCUUUGGGAGGGUUCCUGUUAAACUGGUAACUGAUGCUGGUGAUGAUGUGAAGAUGAUGGAUGUACCACUUACAACUAGUGUUAUGAAGAGGCAAAUACCCAGCUCCAGAUGUACAGCCUUCAUUGCACCUUUUCCACCAUCAGAACUGAAAUCUAGUGGGGGUGACUCGUACAACCUGGGAGACUUACAGUCCUUACAAGAAAAAAAUUCUUCACAGUUGCAGAUGUUGGAUGAGAACAGCUUAGAAAUGGCUACCAAUUCAACUAUAACUCUCAAAACCAAAAUGGAUGCAAGUCUUGCAAUGAAAAGAGAAGAAAAUAAAAUCCAGCAUCAGGAGCUGAAGAUACCAGAGCCAAGGAGUCUGGAAAGUCAACAGCAACAAUCUAGUUCUGGUGAAAGCUAUAGAAAGCAAUUGGAUCAGAUUAAACUAAACUGUGUUAACGCCAGAAAAAAAUGGCCAAGUCAAGAAGUGACACAGAAAAGCUGCUACAGAGAGGGAAAACAAUCGAGCCUUGAACAAUCUGGUCAUUCCAUUUCAAAAGGAUUAUCCCCACCAGAUGCUGUUUCUAAGAAAAGUGAUCCAUCACAUGUUUGUGGAACACCAAGCACCACAUGUAGUGAUUAUAUGGACUGUUUCAGAACGCCAGUUGUAAAGAACAACUUUCUACCAGGAUGUCAGAUUUCUACUCCGUACAGCCAGCUCCCAUAUUUCUUGCCACAUACUCCAGCAACUCCAUUUCAGAAUCAAGCUGGCUUGCAGGUUCCAGCUUCUAUACCAUCACAUGAAUGUCUUGCCAUCAAAGGAAGAAUUUAUACAAUAUUAAAGCAAAUAGGUAGUGGAGGCUCAAGUAAGGUGUUUCAGGUACUGAAUGAAAAGAAGCAGCUGUAUGCUGUCAAAUAUGUGAAUCUAGAGGAAGCUGAUCAACAGACUGUUGAGAGCUAUAAAAAUGAAAUUGCUCAUUUGAGUAAACUGCAGCAACAUAGUGAUAAGAUCAUCCGCCUUUAUGGCUAUGAAAUUACUGAGCAUCAUAUCUACAUGGUAAUGGAGUGUGGAAAUAUUGAUCUCAAUAGCUGGCUCAAAAAGAAAAAGAACAUUGAUCCAUUGGAACGAAAGAGCUAUUGGAAAAAUAUGCUGGAAGCUGUUCACACAAUCCAUGAAUAUGGCAUUAUUCACAGUGAUCUGAAACCAGCAAACUUUCUGAUAGUUGAUGGAAUGUUAAAACUAAUUGACUUUGGCAUUGCAAACCAAAUGCAGCCAGAUGUGACAAGCAUCAUUAAAGAUUCUCAGGUUGGCACAAUGAAUUAUAUGCCACCAGAAGCAAUAAAAGAUUUGUCUUCCUAUGGAGAAAAUGGGAAAUCUCGAUCUAAGAUAAGUCCCAAAAGUGAUGUGUGGUCAUUGGGAUGCAUUUUGUACUGUAUGACAUAUGGAAGGACUCCAUUUCAACAUAUAACAAAUCCAAUUAAUAAACUGCAUGCUAUUGUUGAUCCUAAUUAUGAAAUAGAAUUCCCAGAUAUUGCUGAGAAGGAUCUUCAAGAUGUGCUAAAGCGCUGUUUAAUAAGAAAUCCUAAACAAAGAAUAUCUGUUUCGGAGUUGCUGGUACAUCCCUAUGUUCAAAUUCAAAGUCAUUGUCAAACAGGUGUUCCAAAUGCAAAAGGAACAACAGAGGAAAUGAAACGUAUCCUUGGCCAGCUUGUUGGCUUGAAUUCUCCCAACUCUAUUUCUAGAGCUGCUAGGACUUUAUAUGAACAGUGCAACAGUGGUAAAAGUCUUGAUGUAUCAGCAUUUGCAAAACUUGGGAGUCAAAAAUCAUGGACAACAAAAUGACGCACUACUGUUCAGGAUGCUACAGAGAUGUCUGACAGUUUGGGAGACUACUUAUGGUGUGGGAACUGAAACGCUUUCUCUGGAGAGGGGGAAGGAAGUAUCAACCUCUUCAGAAGAAAACUUGUGAAGAAAAUCUUUACUCUGCAGAAACAUCUUUUCAUGAAGAUAUGACUGAAAUGUCUCCUAGCUACUUGUCUGGAUUACAGAUUUUGAAAUAUUUUGCGUAAUUAUUCUAAUGUUAUAAUUGUUAACUUUCAUUGUUUGCCUCUCUGGUUAGUGUUGAAUAUGCAGAGAAGCAGCAUUACAUGCCUUAUUUUUUUCUGUUGUAGUGUAUGGUUUAUCAAUCCUUUCUCUCAUUCCAUGAUUGCUAAAGAACUCACAGAAAAUACAGCUGGCAUGGGAGGGAGAUUAUGAAAGAGGACUGGGGCUGGUGAGAAGCAGUAGGUUGUUACCAGUUGUCCCUUUUAAAUAAAAAUUUUCCAUUGCAAAUGCAUAAUUGAUUUAUACUCCUUCCCUGCUGCAGUGAUAUGCUACAAGAUGUCAGCCUACCUUGGCAGCUGCCACUUACUAGCCCUCAGUCUAUAUUCCUGUUGGAUUUUUUUGCUUUACAGACAACCAUCUCCCUUUUCAGAUUCUGCUGGAUUCUUAAAAGUGUGUGUGAAGUACAUGAGUAGCUUUAAAAGACAGAAAAUGCUAGUCUUAAAUGUUGGGUAACAGAGGUUGCUGCCUGAAGCUUUCUCAAGAUUACAAAAUGCCCAUCAUGCAUUAUUGUCACCCGUGAGGCCACAGUUCAGGACAUUGUGUAUGUAUAAAAUGGGGAGAGAAGAUGGCUGACUAAACCAGAGUAUGUCUGUCUGUAUUCACUGGUACUGGAUACAGAUAGAGUAUAAUAUUGAGAUACAUUGAUAUAGUAUAAUGCUGAGGUACCACAACUAAAUGAAGAGUAGAAAGGUAAAUGAGAACACUUCAGUAAGUUUCCUCCAGUAAUUCUUAUUUGAAAAGUGGCCUUGGAAACUUACAGCCUUUAAUACUGUGGUCCAAAAAACCUUUACUCAGCAGCUAACACUAAGAAAAGCCUAACUGCAGAAGGGUGACUUUUUUUUUUAUUUAUAGGUGGGUAUAGCAUUACUCAGCCUGAACAGCUGUAUGUAUAGUUGGAAUUCAAAGACUAAAUGGAGUUUAAGUUUUGAAGGCUCUGCUCUUACAGUCUGUCUUGGUGUACCAACACCCAGACUGAGUCCUUGACAAAUAUAAGAAAAGGAGGCUCUUCUCUUGCAUAACUCCCUGCUCUCAGGACACUUGUCCAAGGAGCAAGACAAGUCUAUUCCCAUGGCCCUGGAGGAGUCGGAGUCCUGCUUCUCAUCCAGCUUUGUUGAAGGCACUCUAAGCUCCUGCUGCUGGAUGGGAAAGGAAUGGUUAAAUCCUGAACAGUAGAGAGUGCAGAGCAGGGUGUGAGUUAGUCUGAAGGUAGGUGGUCAAAUUGUCACCAUUUUGGUCCCUCCCAUGGGUUUCUGCUCUUUCUUUAAGCACCUGAUAGUGGCUUCAUGCUAAACAGGUAACUAAUUCUGGGAGUGGUGAUAAGUAUCAAAUUAAAAAUUAAACAGUUGAAGUAAACUUAAGUUUUAGUCCACUUCUG